CGCCAAUGAAACUAUUAAUAUAACGUGUUCUAAGAGAAAAUAUUGAAUUUACUAGUGAAAUUUGUUGGAUACUGGAAUUAAAAUAUUACCGGUUUAUUGCAGAUAAAUAGAAAUUUGGAAUAGGUCCAGGACCAUCUGUAAAGCAUAGUUGAAGUGAGCAGUGGAUUCGAGUAAUUGGGCUACUGAAUCGUAAGUAAGGUUAUGGAGGAAAUUAACAGUUUAUUAAUUAUUGUACACCUAUUUUAGUUUUGAAGCAACCGAUAAUAAAGCUGUCGAAAGUCAGAACAAGCUCAAACGGAUACCCUGCUCUCUCUGAUAACAUUCUUCAAAAGAUUCAAAAUGAGCGAAGGAGGAAACUCUUCCCAGGGAACACCGGAGGUGGACGCUUCAAUGCUCGGCUGUGUGGCCUGCGACCGUCCCAAUUCAGCCGACAACUUUGUCAGUUGUGAUCGUUGUGAGGGCUGGUGGCAUAUGUCCUGUGCUGGGGUAACGGACUCUAUAGAAGAUUGUGAGUGGGUGUGCAUCAAGUGCCUCCCUGUUCCUGCUCCGUCGAUAUCCGUCACUUCUACUUCUUCCGCGCGUCAAGCCAGACUGCAACUGGAACUGCGGCGGCUUACUGAAAUGCGUGAGCUCGAGAGAAUGGCCAUGAAUGUGGAACUCGAGCGCAAGUUCUUAGAACGGAAGUACCAGAUGAUGGAGAAAUCCUUGCAGGAGGAAGAAGAUGAUCUAGAAAGUGCUCGUAGUCACACCAUUAGGCAAGAAGACAUGAAACGGGCUAAGGACAUCGAAGAUUGGGUCGAGAAACAAUCAGCUGAUUUGGAAGAGUCUGGUUCGAUUAGAAGCCUUUCAGUGAAGUUGAUGGUGAAAAAGUUAGAGAAGACGAAAAUUAAUCCCGGAUCUGGUACUCAUUCCAGGAAAUCACCAGCCGUUAUUGGUAAUUCGGCCGAUAUCAGAGUAGGAACCAGAAUUCAACUACCACCACCGCCUGUUUCCUCCGGAGAACAAGGUUCGGUGGAUCUAGGAAAGAGAAAGGAAUUGUUGCAACCCCCAGAAGACAAACCGUCUGAUCUAACGUUCGAGCAAAUUGCAGCUUUGCAGGACCAUCUAGCGAGGUGCAAAAUGCAGCUACAGCCAACGGCAAGUGAUCCGAAUCCGUACGGAAUGUUGAAACCAUGCGAGCCGGAUGUCAGCAAAGGCGCUGUACCUAAAACCUGUUCGAAAUCGGUUCGACCUGCGAAGGAGAGGCUGUCUUUAUUUAUAACCAAGCCAGCCCCCGGGAACGUGAAUCCAGAAGGAAAUAGAGAAACCAGUACUAAGCGUAAAGAGCAAAACCCCAGAGUAAUCCUGCCAGAACACCUCUCCCCAAUAAAGCAGCGAAAUGCUACUAAUGCACCGCAGCAACAACGCGCUCAUGCGCCGCAGUGGAUUACUGAAACAGAACCUCGUCUUCUGAGUUCACUAGCGCGUAGACCAAAAGAAACGAGUCAGGAACGAAACCCAACGAACCCAACUAGCGUACAUGCGAAUAUCAUACCCACGAUACACGAUGAGCAGCAACUAAACGAAAUCGAUCCGGUAUUCGUGGGAAGCCAGCGAAGGACCCGCGCACGAGCUGCGGAACCACAAAACCUGCGAGAAGAAGGCUACGAUAUUGGACCUACACACCAACAACUGGCUGCUAGGCAAGUUCUACCACGUGACUUGCCAACAUUUUCAGGAAAUCCAGCUGAUUGGCCCGUCUUUAUUAGUCAAUACGAGUACACUACCGAUGCAUGUGGGUAUAGCGACGGGGAAAACAUGGUACGCCUCCAACGGUGCCUGAAGGGCCCAGCAUGGGAAUCUGUACGCAGUCGUCUGAUCCUACCGGCUUCAGUCCCCCUAGUGAUCCAAACACUCAAAAUGCGCUACGGACGUUCCGAGCUACUGAUCGAAUCACUAGCAGAAAGGGUGAGAACCGCACCUUCGCCAAAGGUAGACAAGCUGGAAAUGAUAAUCGAGUUUGGUACUAUGGUGCAGGCACUUUGCGAUCAUAUUAUCGCUGCACAUCUAUACGACCAUCUUGCGAACCCCACUUUGCUGAAAGAUUUGGUGGAGAAACUACCUGCCGAGUAUCGAAUGAGGUGGGCUGGACAUCGUAGACAGCAAAGGGAGGUAAAUUUGAAGACCUUCAGCGAUUUCAUGGAGGAGAUCGUCAGCGAUGCCUACAGCGUGUCGAACGUAGCCACUACUUUCGAACGAUACAGCAAACAGGAUCGCCCGAAGCCACGAGAUCGGAAUUUAAUUCACACUGAAGCGGGGAAGGUGGAUUGCUUGGUGUGUAAAAGAGAAGGACAUCGCGUAAAGGAUUGCAAAAUAUUCUCCGCCUUACCGGUCGACGACCGCUGGAAGAAGGUGCAAAGUUUGCAAUUGUGCCGAACCUGCUUGUCGAAUCACGGGCGAAGAGCGUGCCGCAGUACGAAACGCUGUGAGGUCGACGGAUGUCAAUAUCGGCACAAUCCACUCUUACAUGCUUCCGCUUCGAAGUACAAGGGACAAACCAGCGAGUCGCAUGUACAGUAUCACCUCAACGAAGCAUCCAUACCGUCUUUACUUUUCCGCAUACUUCCGAUCACAUUACACAAUGGUCUCAAAAGCGUGAAAAGGAAUUGGGCGUUACCGGUUCCCAAAUUGCUCAUCGGUGUCGAUAAUCUGCGACUGGCGCUUCCGUUAAAAACUCGGGAAGGUGUUACGGGUGGCCCUACGGCCGUCAAGACACGGUUAGGCUGGUGUGUCUACGGAGGUCAGCGUACUCAAGAACAUCCAGAAUACAGCUAUCACAUCUGUGAGUGUGGGGGAGAAGAGGCCUUUGACGAAGCCUUGAAGAAGUACUUUUCUUUUGAGGAGGCCGGAAUUAAACCAACGGGUGCGGUAAUGUCUGAAGAGGACAAACGAUGUGCCCGAAUAUUAGAAACUACUACUAAACGAGUCGGCGAGAGGUUUGAGUCGGGGCUGCUGUGGAAAUAUGAUAACUUUGAGUUCCCAGACAGUUACCCGAUGGCGGUCAAACGACUCCAGUGUCUCGAGAGCAGAAUGGCUAAGGAUCCGUCGCUCAAGCAAAACAUCUUGCGGCAGAUUGACGAGUAUCAGCAAAAGGGCUAUGCGCACCGAGCGACAGCGGAAGAAUUAGCAGAAACGGACCCUCGUCGCACAUGGUAUCUCCCCCUCGGAGCGGUGACCAACCCGAACAAGCCAGAGAAAGUUCGAUUAAUCUGGGACGCGUCCGCAAAAGUGGAUGGCAUAUCCUUAAACUCGGUUCUACUAAAAGGACCCGACAUGGUAACUCCACUGUGCUUCGUAGUCUUUCGGUUCCGACAAUAUACUGUAGCCGUAAGUGCAGACGUGAAAGAGAUGUUCCAUCAGGUCCGUACGAGAGGUGCGGAUCGUUCUGCACAAAGUUUCCUGUUCCGUGACGACCCUUCGGAAGAACCUCAAGUGUUCCGUAUGGACGUUGCUACAUUUGGUGCGACGUGUUCACCAGCCAUCGCACAGUACGUCAAGAACGCUAACGCAAGAUCUUUCGAGAAGGAGUUACCACGAGCUGUUGAGGGGAUAGUUUUCAAUCACUAUGUUGACGACUAUCUGGAUAGCUUCUCCACCGAGAAUAAGGCGAAACAAGUUGCGUCUGAAGUUCGAGAGAUCCACAAACGAGGAGGGUUCGAGAUUCGGAAUUGGUGUUCGAAUAGCCCAACGGUUCUUCAGCAUUUAGGGGAGAGUCAACAGCAUCCGGUGAAGCAAAUGUGUCUCGAUGAAAAGGAGCAAUCUGAACGCGUCCUGGGAAUGCGUUGGAUGACAAAGUCCGAUGAGUUAUGUUUUUCAGCUACGAUGCGUGGAGAUGUCGCAUCCAUCAUCGAGAACGGCCACAAGCCAACAAAGAGACAGAUUCUUCGGUGUGUGAUGUCUCUCUUCGACCCACUGGGAUUCCUCGCCCCAUAUUUGGUCUUCGGCAAGGUACUCAUUCAAAGCGCUUGGCGUUUAGGAAUCGGCUGGGAUGAGAAAGUAGACGAUCGGUUGUUCGAGCAAUGGCGCAAAUGGACUGAGAUGAUCGAUCACAUCAAUAGCGUUCGGAUUCCAAGAUGCUACUUUCGAAAGACAGGGGCCACCAAUUUAGCAAACGUUCAACUACAUACCUUCGUCGAUGCAGGCCGGGACGCUUGUGUCUGCGUGUCGUACCUUCGAGUUGUCAACGAAGAUGGAGAAGUGGAAGUAGCGCUAGUUUCCGCAAAAACGAAGGUUGUUCCGCUGAAACCAGUCACUAUUCCGAGAUUGGAGCUUCAGGCCUGCGUGAUGGGAACGCGUCUCGCAAAAUACAUUAUCGACGGCCAUUCCUACUCGAUCAAAAAGCGGGUAUUUUGGAGCGACUCAAGUGCAGCCCUCAGUUGGAUUGGUGCGGAUCCUCACAAGUACAGUCCCUAUAUAGCGUACCGAGUGUCCGAAAUAUUGGAAGCGACCGACCGCACCGAGUGGCGCUGGGUAGCAUCGAAAGAUAAUCCAGCUGACGAGGCUACGAAGUGGGGAGCUGGACCGUAUUUCAAUUCCAACAGCAUCUGGUACAGCGGACCUGAAUUUCUAUACUUACCUGAGCGAGAUUGGAAGAGAGGUGAUCCGGAAAAAUCAGGAGAAGAAGAGCUACGAGCUUGUUACGUUCAUCGGGAGAUACAUGUUCCCGAAUGUAUUGUAGACAUCGAACGAUUCUCGAAGUGGACGCAUUUGCAACGCGUCAUGGCAUACGUUCACCGUUUCACCAACAACUGUCGCAAUGUUCGCCUUAACACCAAGGUUCUUACGAAGAAGGAGCUGAAAAUGGCCGAAAACUCAAUUUUCCGACUAGUUCAGUGGCAAUCCUUUCCUGACGAGAUUAUCACCCUGUCUACAAAUCGUUUCCUCCCGUCAGAGCAACAACGACCGUUAGAGAAAUCCAGCACUAUCUACCAGGUCACACCAAUGCUGGAUGAAUUUGGAGUUCUACGCGUGAACGGCAGAAUCGCGGCAGCGCAAUGUGCUUCAACUGAUGCCAAAUACCCCAUCAUCAUUCCGAGGAAACAUCGACUGGCAGCGCUUCUGGUGGAUCACUAUCAUCGUCAACUCAAGCAUGGCAACAAAGAGACCACAGUCAAUGAGAUUCGUCAACGUUUUCAUAUUCCGAAGCUUCGCUCUUUCGUGAAUUUCGUCACAGCUCGGUGCAAUCUUUGCAAGAUACGGAAAGCACGACCGAGCAUUCCACAGAUGGCCCCACUUCCGCAAGCCAGAUUAUCACCAUUCACCCGUCCAUUCAGCUACGUUGGACUAGACUAUUUUGGUCCCUUUCUUGUGAAAGUUGGGCGUAGUAAAGUGAAAAGGUGGAUUGCGCUCUUCACUUGUCUGACGAUACGAGCCGUCCACCUGGAAAUCGCGAGCAACUUGACAACUGAAUCCUGUGUAGCGUGCGUUCGUCGAUUCGUGUGCCGUAGAGGAUUUCCCGUUGAAAUCCACAGCGAUAACGGCACCAACUUUCAAGGUGCAGAGCGAUUACUACGUGAGCAAAUCAAUACCAAGCUUGCGACUACGUUCACCAGUUCAACAACAGCUUGGCGAUUCAUUCCCCCGGGUGCACCUCACAUGGGCGGCGCCUGGGAGCGAAUGGUCAGAUCCGUGAAAACAGCGCUGACGGCAGCCUAUAACAAUGAAAAACUAGACGAUGAUGCUUUGCACACGAUGAUUGUAGAAGCAGAAUCCAUAGUCAACAGCAGGCCGUUGACCUACCUUCCGCUGGACUCUGCGGAGCAGGAAGCAAUCACCCCUAACCAUUUCCUUCUAGGGAGCUCAGCCGGCGUCAAGCAACCAGUCGUGCAGUACGAAGAUAACAACGCACUCUUGAAGCGAUCGUGGGCCAUGAUCCAAGAACGGCUGAACUCGUUUUGGAAGCGGUGGGUACGGGAGUACUUACCCACACUAACUAGAAGAACGAAAUGGUUUGGCUCGGAGAGGAAUGUUGCAGCAGGGGACCUAGUAAUAAUCAUAGAUGAUACCAGAAGGAACGGAUGGACGCGUGGUCGCGUUUUGGAAGCCAUAACUGCUGCGGAUGGCAGAGUUCGGCAGGCGAUCGUUCAAACGAAUGGAGGUAUACUCAGAAGACCGGUCUCCAAGCUUGCAGUUCUUGAUGUGGCCAAGGAAGAUGGAACCAAGGAGGCUCACUGGUUCCACCGGGGGGAGAAUGAUGCCACAAAGACAGACCAGCUGGGAGCCCGGCCACGCAACCGAGCAUUGAAGCUGCGUUCUCCAUGCGUGACGGUAGGACUAACUGUCAACGAUGACAAAAGGAACGACGAACAAUGAUAUACGGGCAGACGCCAAUGAAACUAUUAAUAUAACGUGUUCUAAGAGAAAAUAUUGAAUUUACUAGUGAAAUUUGUUGGAUACUGGAAUUAAAAUAUUACCGGUUUAUUGCAGAUAAAUAGAAAUUUGGAAUAGGUCCAGGACCAUCUGUAAAGCAUAGUUGAAGUGAGCAGUGGAUUCGAGUAAUUGGGCUACUGAAUCGUAAGUAAGGUUAUGGAGGAAAUUAACAGUUUAUUAAUUAUUGUACACCUAUUUUAGUUUUGAAGCAACCGAUAAUAAAGCUGUCGAAAGUCAGAA